UGGCGGCGGCUGCGCCGGGCUGUGUGUCUCUCGCCGCCGGAGGAAGAUGAGGCUGAAGAUCGGGUUCAUCUUACGCAGUUUGCUGGUGGUGGGAAGCUUCCUGGGGCUCGUGGUGCUCUGGUCUUCCCUGUCCUCGCGGCCCGACGACCCGAGCCCACUGGACAGGAUGAGGGAAGACAGAGAUGUCAAUAACCCCUUGCCUAACCGAGAAGGCCAUGGACUAGCUCCUGGGGAUGACAGAUUCAAACCUGUGGUACCAUGGCCUCAUGUUGAAGGAGUAGAAGUGGACUUAGAGUCUAUUAGAAGAAAAAACAAGGCCAAAAAUGAACAGGAGCACCAUGCUGGAGGAGAUUCCCAAAAAGACUUAAUGCAGAGGCAGUAUCUUACCUUUAAGCCUCAGACAUUCACCUACCAUGAUCCUGUGCUACGCCCAGGGGUCCUCGGUAACUUUGAACCCAAAGAACCUGAGCCUCACGGAGUGGUUGGUGGCCCUGGAGAGAAAGCCAAGCCAUUGGUUCUGGGACCAGAAUACAAACCAGCAGUUCAAGCCAGCAUUAAGGAGUUUGGAUUUAACAUGGUGGCAAGUGACAUGAUCUCGCUGGACCGCAGCGUCAAUGACUUACGCCAAGAAGAAUGCAAGUAUUGGCACUAUGAUGAAAACCUGCUUACUUCGAGCGUGGUCAUUGUCUUCCAUAAUGAAGGAUGGUCAACCCUCAUGAGGACAGUCCACAGUGUCAUCAAAAGGACACCAAGGAAGUAUUUAGCAGAAAUUGUGUUAAUUGAUGACUUCAGCAAUAAAGAACACCUAAAAGAAAAACUGGAUGAGUACAUAAAGCUGUGGAAUGGGCUCGUGAAGGUGUUCCGAAAUGAGAGAAGAGAGGGUUUGAUUCAAGCUCGGAGCAUCGGCGCGCAGAAGGCUAAACUCGGACAGGUUUUGAUAUACCUUGAUGCCCACUGUGAGGUGGCAGUUAACUGGUAUGCACCACUUGUAGCCCCCAUAUCUAAGGACAGAACCAUUUGCACUGUGCCAAUUAUAGAUGUCAUAAACGGCAACACAUAUGAGAUUGUACCCCAAGGGGGUGGUGAUGAAGAUGGGUAUGCCCGAGGAGCAUGGGAUUGGAGUAUGCUCUGGAAACGGGUGCCUCUGACCUCUCGGGAGAAGAGACUGAGAAAGACAAAAACUGAGCCGUAUCGGUCUCCAGCUAUGGCAGGUGGAUUAUUUGCCAUUGAGAGGGAAUUCUUCUUCGAACUAGGUCUCUAUGAUCCUGGUCUCCAGAUUUGGGGUGGUGAAAACUUUGAAAUCUCGUACAAGAUCUGGCAGUGCGGUGGUAAAUUGUUAUUUGUGCCUUGCUCCCGUGUGGGGCACAUCUACCGUCUUGAGGGCUGGCAGGGAAAUCCUCCACCCCUUUACGUUGGCUCUUCUCCAACUCUUAAGAAUUAUGUUAGAGUCGUGGAAGUCUGGUGGGAUGAAUAUAAAGACUACUUCUAUGCUAGCCGUCCUGAGUCGAAGGCACUGCCCUAUGGGGAUAUAUCUGAGCUGAAGAAAUUUCGAGAAGAUCACAACUGCAAAAGUUUCAAGUGGUUUAUGGAAGAAAUCGCUUAUGACAUCACUGCCCACUACCCUUUGCCGCCCAGAAAUGUUGAGUGGGGGGAAAUCCGAGGCCUUGAGACUGCAUACUGUAUUGAUAGCAUGGGGAAGACGAAUGGAGGCUUUGUGGAGCUAGGACCUUGCCACAGGAUGGGCGGGAACCAGCUUUUUCGAAUCAAUGAAGCAAAUCAGCUCAUGCAGUACGACCAGUGUUUGACAAAGGGGCCCGAUGGAUCCAAAGUCAUGAUCACACACUGUAACCUAAAUGAAUUUAAGGAAUGGCAGUACUUCAAGAACCUGCACAGGUUCACGCACAUCACUUCCGGAAAGUGCUUAGAUCGCUCGGAGGUCCUGCAUCAAGUGUUCAUCUCCAGCUGUGACUCGAGUAAAAUGACUCAGAAGUGGGAGAUGAAUAACAUCCACAGUGUUUGACAAGAACAGAAGAAACCAACAAUCUACCUACUGACAAGUACAUUUAAGGAGGACUGAAAACCGCCUGGAACCUGCUGCAACCAUUAUUAUUAAUUUUGUACAGCUCCAAACCUGGAACCUCUCUGAUCAGUUGGAAAGGGGCGUUGAUAAACUGUGAUUUUACAAUAACAUUAUCAUCUGCAGUUACUGUUUACAAAACUGCUCUUACCUUAAACUCUAGAUGUUUACAUCGUUUUCGUUUUGUUUUAUGACGACGUUGGUAAUUUGUGCCUUUAACUCGGUUUCCUGAACCACCGAGUUAAAGCAUGUGUUGUCUUCUUUGGGAAUACACUCAGGGGUCUGGAAGGCAGUUUGGUUUUGUUGUUGUUGUUGAUGUUGUUCUUGUUUUUUAACACACUUGAAAAAAAAAAAGGUUGGAGUAAGCAGACUUUCACAUCAACUUGGUGAUGGUCAACCUGCCGUGUAUUUAAUUUUACAUCUUUUGGAAGUACUGCCACGGGUUGUUGGCCAAGGCGGUCUUCCUUCAGUCACGCUGCUGUUUGAAAGGUGAAUUUCAACACAUUUAGUGCCUCUUUCAUUUCUCUAUAUUUCUGGAGAGCUUCUAUAGUGACAUUUCCAUGAUGGUAACAAUGAAUGUCACCUGGGGAAUCCGUCUGUUACUCACACGUGAAUUUCUUGGCUAUGAAGUGGAAUGUGGAUUAUGGCUGGAUCAGGGACAACAAUGGGGACCAUCUCAAGGCUGUUUCGUGGGGCUUGAAGGUUCUGUGACAUUACCUCCUGGGCCUGCUGAUAGUCUCAGUGUCCUCUCUUCACACCAACUUCUAGGCUAGCAAAAGGGUCUUCCUUCUAAAAAGAGGGGUUGAUUUUUGCCCGUCUGUAUUUUAUAUCUGCUUUCCCCAGAGCCAAUCACUACAGAAAACUAGACAUAAUUCUCAGUUUGAAACUUGAAAGGGGGGUUGAGAGGCAGGGAAAGAACCCAAUAAAGCCCUAGUGUGAACGCCUUAGGUUGGUCCUGAGGUGAGAAUACCAAGCCCUUGUGGGAUGGAAACCCUAGAGAGCCUGCCACACAGCACAAGCCGAGAUGAGCUUACACUUCAUUUGUCUUCAUUCAAAGAAAAUUCCAUGCACAUUCUUUUUUAAUUUAUAAAAAUUAGUAUCUAAUUUUCUAUUCUUAGAUCUUAUUAUCUAAGAAUACAGAUCAUCAACGAAUGUGGACGACAUUCUGCGAAGUUAGAUGUUAGUUCUGUAGGGUUCCUUAAUUUCUUUUUUUAGGAAGUGUAAAUUUUUUUCUUUUUUAUAUUCUCCAUGGAAAAGAAGAUUUAAUUUGGACAUUUAUUAAGACAAUACCUACUUUAAGAGAACCAAAUGUUGUAAACUUUAAUUUCUAGGAAGUCUUCUGUUAUCCCCUCCCCUCAAAUUAAAAUGUCUACAUUGAGUGCCAAAAAAAAGGGGGGGGGAAAGAAAAGCAAUGUGGUAAGCUGGGGCCAGUUAAACAUUUUUGAUCAUGUAGUCAUGGUAUCAAUGACAGAAAUUCACAAACUACUGCCAGAAGGAAAUAUUUUUAAAUAAAGCUUAGGGAAAAAAAAAGAAGAAGAAAGCCCAAUUUUUUUUUUUUUGGAAGAAACGCGUACAAUUUUUUUUUCCAAGCUUAGUUCAUCAAAUUUGGACAAUAAAAAUUCAACUUCCUGAACAGUUUUAUUUACAAUCUUGAAUUAUCAAUUUGUAUUUUGCUACUGACCUGUGAUCAACUAUUUAAACUUUCAUGUCUAGGGAUAUUUAAAGAAGAAAUGCAUUUGUAUGCUUAUAUAAUUACAAAUAAAUCCACUAAAGAAAGGAAACUUAAAUGACACCACUUUCCAUGUUAAAUAGAUUUUAACCUCGUAUCUAUGCAUAGGCUAAGAAAGGUGGCACAUGAACUGUGCAUGUCAUUUUAUGGGUAAAUUAAAUUGUUUCUAGCACAAUUCGUUAGGAUACUAUAUGAACAUGAUUCUAUAUAUUGAAAUCAGAAACCUUACCACACAUGAAAACAUCAGAAGCUGCCACCAUGACUAUUUUGUAUUUCAGGCUGCUUUGGAAAUAAUCCCCAUAUCCUUGCUUUGUAAGUUGAUAAUAUCACUAUGCAUUUCUACACAUUUUAUAAAUUUGAUUUAUGCAGAUUUUGAUACACUGUAUGUUUCUGUAGAAAUUGUACAAAUAUUCAAAAUUUUAUUAGGGUAAACUCAAGAAGCUUAUGUAUAACUUAAUUCUGGGUUGCUUGUUUUUUAGGUGAGGAAAAAUAAAAUAUUGUAUUUUAAUCCA